AUGGUGUCACGGGUAAACGAGGUCGCAAAAUCGGUUAUUUUAUCCCUAAACGCUGGGAAGACCAAAGUGUUCUCAAGCUGCAUCCCUAACCAGGAGAAGGCACCCCUCGGGAUUGGUGGCUGUCAACUUGAAGAGGUAGGCAGUUUUAAAUACCUCGGGGCGAGGCUGCUGCCUAAUGGACAGAGUAAGGAUGACAUUGUCUCCCGAAUUGAUGCUGCCCGCUGGGUUUUCUCAAGCCGUCGAAAAUGCCUAUGGAUCCCAGAUGACCUCUCCAUCGCCACCAAGAUUCGCGUGUACCGUGCAUCUGUCCAGUCUGUUCUUCUCUACGGUUGUGAAUGCUGGGCUUUGCGCGUGAAGGAUGAGCGAAAACUGGAGGCAUUUGACCACCACUGCUUGAGGACCAUCCUUCGAGUGAAGUCCACCGACUUCGUCUCAAAUGAGACAGUCCGCGCUCGCUGCGACAACAUCGCAAGGGUAACCCAGGCCAUCCAAGAAGGACGACUGAAGUGGUUCGAGCAUGUUCUUCGUCGUCCACCUCAACAGCUCAGUGUUACAGCCCUCGGUCCGGAACCGUUACCCCGUGGAAGGCGUCGAAGAGGGGGUCGGUUCGAAACCUGGCUCGACACAGUUCGUCAAGACAUGGAGGUGGUUCUUGGACCUUCGAUAUUCGGUCCCCGUUGUUGGCGAAGGGAGUGGGUUGAGCUGUCCAGAUCUGCUGCCGCGGAUCGUCACGCGCGGAGAGGUAGGGCUCGUGACAUCAUCAAGGCCGCCUAG